AUGCUUCUUCUGCUUCUGCUGGUGGUGGUGUCCUUCUUCUUCCCGCCGUGGGCGUGGGCUUCGCUGCCGUCCUUCCGUGGCCAGGUGUGGGAGAACCGCCCCGCGGGGACGCGCGUGUCGGGGCUGAGCGUGCCCUUGGCGCGGCUGUCGCGGGGCCCGUGGUGCGCGGAGGUGCGGGGGCGGCGCCGGUGGCGGCUGGAGCUGCUGGGCGAGGGUCGGGCGCACUUCCGGGCGGCGCUCCACGCGCGGAGCGGGCGCGUGUUCCUGCGCACGGCGCGCCCGCUGGACCGGGAGGCGGUGGGGGCGUACGGGCUGCGCCUGGCGCUGUGCUGCCGCCCGCCCUGCCCCGAGGCCCAGGAGGGGGCCGGGGCCGGGGCCGCCCCCGCCGCCGAGCUGGCCUCGCUCCGGAUCGCCGUGCUGGACGCCAACGACCACGCGCCGCGCUUCCCCCGGGGCGCGCCCUCGGAGCUGCGCGUGGCCGAGACGCUGGCGCUGCGGGCCGAGGUGUGGCGCGCCCGGGCCGAGGACGCCGACGCCGGGCCCAACGCCGAGCUGCGCUACUUCGCCCGCCCGCCCUCCGCCCACUUCUUCGUGGUGCCCCGCAGCGGGAGGGUCGUCCUGGUCCGCUCCCUCCUCCGCCGCCGCGCCCCCAUCCCGCUCCGACUCUUCGCCCGCGACCGGGGACGCCCCGCGCGACUCAGCGCCCCGCUCCAGCUCCGCGUCCUCCCGCAGCCCGUGCCCAGGCCCACCCCCAGGCCCACCCCGCCCCGCCGCCUCCCGAGGAGCCUCUCCUCCUCCUCCCCCCCGCCGCCGCCCCUGGCCUUCGCGCUGCCCGAGGACGCCCCGCCGGGGCUGCUGCUCGCCUCGCUCCGCCCGCGCUUCCCGCCCGGAGCCCGCUUCCAGCUGGUGGGGGGGACCCUGGGCUCGCCGCCGCCCCCCCUCCGCGUGGGCACCCACUCUGGGGAAGUCACCUUGGCCAGGGCCCUCGACCGAGAGGAACGCGCCUUCUGGGACCUCACCUGCCGCGUCCAGGACAAGCAGACAGGAGCGGAUUGGUACGUCGUGCACUUGGAACUUACCGUGACGGACGUCAACGACAAUGUCCCGGAAUGGGCCAUGCAACCCUUUCCCUACUUGGCCACCGUGUCACCAAAUGCCUCGGCCGGCAGCAAAGUGUACAAGCUCUUGGCUGAGGAUCAGGAUGAAGACGAAAACGGGGCUGUUGAGUAUUUUCUUGUGGGAGGUGGAGAAGACAGGUUUGAGGUGGAAAGGGACACGGGUUGGAUCAAAACCACAGGUUUGUCGUUGGAGAAGGAGAGGGAAUACGUCUUGACUGCGAUGGCGGCUGAUCAACCUGGCCGCCAAGGCUCUCCUGCCUAUAUUUCUGUGUUUGCUGGCCGUCGACCCCCACAGUUUUCCAACACGUCGUACACUGCUUACAUUCCUGAAAAUACUCCACCAGAAGAAUCAUUUUUGACACUGUCUGCUUUGUCGCAUCAAAACGAAUCACUGAGCUAUAGCCUUGUGACAAAUCCAAAUGGGCUUUUCGGCAUCGAUGAAGUAACGGGGAAUGUGUACCUCAGUCGAAAUAUGGAUUACGAGAGUGAUCAGCACCAGUACCUCCUUGUGGUCCAAGCAACAGAAGACCCAGGGCAGCUGAGCAGUACGGUUGAGGUUUGGGUUGUAAUCACAGAUGUGAAUGAUUGUGCGCCAGAAUUCCAGCAGUCAAUUUAUACCAAAGACAAUGUUCCCGAAACAGUGAUGGUAACGACGGCACUUCUACAAGUGUCAGCCAGCGACUGUGAUUCUGAUGAAAAUGCGGACAUCCUGUAUUACUCCCUGAGCCCUGAUUUCAGCAUUUCCGAUUCUGGCGCCAUCUUCCCGGCGACGCCGCUGGACUACGAGCGCCCCAAUCACCUCUAUGAGUUCAUCGUUAUGGCCGUGGAUAAAGGAGACCCUCCGAGGACCGGGACGGCAACCGUCAGGAUCCGUAUCUCAAACAUCAACGAUGAAGUGCCCAAGUUUUCACAACCAGUGUACCGGAGUUUCGUUUCAGAGGACGCGGGUCCCAAUACCCUGAUUGCAACCGUUCAUGCCAUAGACCCUGACGGAGACGGCGUCUCGUACAGCAUCACUGGAGGGAAUCAAGGGGGGAAUUUUAUUAUUGACCCUCAGAAAGGCUUAAUCCGCCUCCGUUCAAGCCCACCUCCCAAACUGCAAGGGCAAGAGUAUGUUCUUAACGUGACCGCUACAGACGACAACGCCUCCAGUGGACCUACUUCCCUUUCCAGCACUGCUCUCGUUGUCGUACAUGUGGAUGAUGUCAAUAAUAACAAACCUGUAUUUCAGAAGUGUCAACAUUAUCGCGAGCAUGCGUCGGUGCUGGAGAACCAGCCGGUGGGGACAUUUGUGUUGCGCGUCGAGGCCACAGAUGCCGAUGAAGGAACCAAUGGGGAAGUCAAGUACGGCUUGAUGCAUAGAGACGGUGCUCUUCCCAUGUUUAGCAUUCAUCCUGGCACAGGUGUCUUAACAACCCUUCAGGUAUUUGACCGAGAGAAACAGAGGGAGCACCCGAUCACGGUGACGGCGACGGACCAGGCGGCAGAGCCGCUCAUUGGGAUCUGCCAGAUCACGGUGGUCAUCUUGGACGUCAAUGAUAACAGCCCCAGAUUUGAAAACAGCCACUAUGAAUAUUUCUUAAGAGAAGACACAGACGUGGGGACAAGCUUUCUUCGUGUCGCGGCCCACGAUGACGACUAUGGCUCGAACGCCUCCAUUACGUACUCUAUAGCCAAGGGGAAACCCAACUACUUUGAGGUCAAUCCUACCACCGGCUGGGUUUAUGCCACACAACCUCUGCUGCAGAAAUCCUUCAUAACUCAAGAAAUCAUGGCAACGGAUGGAGGGAACAGGAGCAGCAAGGCGGAGCUCAGGGUGACCGUCACCAGUGCAAAAAACCAGCCUCCUCGGUGGGAACAGGACACUUACCAAGUCAUUAUCCCAGAAAGCACAGCAAGAGAUACAUCCAUUGUGACCAUUAAAGCCACAUCCCCGCUCGGAGACCCGCGGAUCACGUACAAUCUGGAGGAAGGGCUCGUUCCAGAGACCAACAUGCCAAUACGGUUCUACUUGACGCCAAACCGAGACGACGGCUCUGCAUCCCUCCUCAUCGCUGAACCUUUGGAUUACGAAACCACAAAGCAUUUCUUGUUGAGGAUUCGAGCCCAGAAUGUGGCCGCAGUGCCACUCGCUUCAUUUGCCACUGUCUAUAUUAAUGUGACAGAUGUCAACGACAACGUCCCUUUCUUCACCUCCUCAAUUUAUGAAGCUUCCGUGACUGAAGGAGCCGACAUCGGAACAAUGGUUUUCCAAGUCUCUGCCACCGACCUGGACCUUGGCCAGAAUGGGGAAAUCACUUAUUCUCUGCUGCCCGAUCGCAGCGAAGACUAUACUUUUUUCCAUUUGGAUUCUAAAACAGGCUCAAUCUAUACAGCCUCUGUGUUUGAUAGAGAAAGGAAAGCAUCUUAUCUUUUGGAAGUGAAGUCAACAGAUGGCUCGGAAUCGUCUCGUCCAGGAAAACACGGGCAACCAAAUUCUGACACGGCCUACGUGCGGGUUUUUAUUAGUGAUGUGAACGACAACAAGCCUUCUUUUACCAAGAAUGUCUAUGAAGUCAAUGUGGAUGAAGACCAAGAUGUUGGAUCGACUGUCAUUACCGUCAGUGCUAAUGAUGAAGACGAAGGAACCAAUGCAAAGCUAAGGUACCAAAUUACAGCUGGAAAUACUGGAGGAGUUUUUGACGUUGAGCCCGAAAUGGGCGCCAUCUUCAUUGCCCGGCCAUUGGAUUAUGAAGAAGCCCAGCUGUACGAACUUCACUUGCUGGCCUCGGAUGGGAAAUGGGAGGAUUACGCUAUUGUUAUCAUCAACAUUGUGAAUAAAAACGACGAAGCGCCUGUUUUUGCUCUCAAUGAAUAUUACGGAAGUGUGAUUGAGGAACUGGAUGGACUUCCAGUCUUUGUUCUUCAGGUUGUAGCCAACGAUCCUGACAGCGCCCUGGAUGGUGGUGACAUAAGAUACUCCUUGCAUGGUCUUGGUGCAGACGAUGUCUUUGCCAUCGAUGAGAACACAGGCAGCAUCUAUUCCCAGAAGAUCCUCGACAGAGAAGAGCGGGCCCUUUGGAGAUUUGUUGUGUUGGCCACCGAUGAAGGAGGAGAAGGACUCACUGGCUUUGCAGAUGUGAUAAUAAACAUCUGGGACAUCAAUGACAAUGCUCCAGUCUUCCCCUGUAUGCCCAGCAACUGCAAUGGGACCGUCUUUGAGAAUUCUCCUGAAGACACCUUCAUCAUGGAGAUGACAGCGACAGACUUGGAUGACACAAAUGUCGGUCUGAACGCCAUUUUGACGUAUCGAAUAGUGGAGAAUGUCAAAAAUGACUUUGAUAUGGACGUGUUCAAGAUCAAUCCCAGCACUGGCAACAUCUAUGUGACAGGAGGGAUGAUGGACAGAGAAACAGCAGACAAGUAUGUCCUUGUGAUUGAAGCAAAAGAUGGAGGAGGACUGACGGGAACGGGCACAGCCACCAUCUGGGUCGCGGACGUGAAUGACCACAUCCCAAGUUUCACCCAGGAUGUUUGGCACGUUGUCAUUCCUGAAGCCAGCACGGUUGACUCAGAGGUUCUAGAGAUAUCAGCCGUGGAUGGAGACAGUGGGGAAAAUGCACUUUUGACUUUCAGUAUUAUUGGGGGAGAUCCCGAUGGAAGGUUUUACAUUGAAAACCAUAAAGAAGAUCAGCGUGCAUCUCUCCGGCUGAAGAAGACCCUGGAUUAUGAGGAGAUCCAGGAAAGGUGGUUCAACCUGACCAUCAAAGUCGAAGACCUGGAUUUUUCUAGCAUUGCCUUCUGUUUGAUUGAGGUGGAAGACUGCAAUGACCACAGCCCUGUUUUUAGUUCCCAGUUGGUUCAGCUCAGCCCUUUCUAUGAAAACAUCCCAGUGGGGACCACCAUCAUCACGGUGACAGCCACCGAUGAGGACUCCAAUUUGAAUGGCGACAUUGAGUAUUCCAUCCAGUUGGAUUCGGAUCCCGCUGGACAGUUUGUGGUGGAUCAAGAUGGCCAUGUCACUGUGUCCAAAGCCUUGGAUAGGGAAGCCACUCAGGCCUACGGCUUGAUUGUUCAGGCUGCCGAUCAAGGCGUCCCUGCCCAAACUGGAAGUGUUACAAUAUUGAUUGACUUGCUCGAUGUCAAUGAUAACGGGCCAAGGUUUGAGGCGUCGUACAUGCCUGUGGUCUGGGAAAAUAGUCCUGGACCUCAGCUGGUUGAUAUGAACACCACCUCGAAUUUAAUUUGGGCUUUUGAUCCCGACAGCGAUGAAAAUGGACCACCCUUUGUAUUUUCCUUGCCUCCAGAUUAUCAGAACCCGUUGGAUUUCUCUCUUACUGACAAUGGAAAUAACACGGCAACAAUCACUGCUCUGCGGUCUUUUGACAGAGAAAAGCAGAAAAUGUUCCAUAUCCCCAUUGUGAUAGCUGAUAGUGGGAGUCCACCCAUGAGCUCCACAAACGUCUUGGCUAUCACCAUCGGAGAUGAAAACGAUAACAGCCAUGAACCUGGCCAUAAGAUCAUCUAUGUUUACAUACACCGAGGAAAAUGGUCAACCAUAGUGCUCGGGGAAGUGUUUGCGCCCGAUCAGGAUGACUGGGACAAUAAGACAUUUGUCCCCGAAGAAAAAAUGCACAAGUCUUUCAAACUGAAUCAAAGGACUGGCUCUCUGAUCAUGAUGGAUCAUGCCCCUCAGGGAACAUAUGAGUUUAAAAUCAGAGUGUCAGAUGGAAUUUGGCCAGAUGUGGUCGCAACCGUCGAGAUACACGUCAGAGAGAUAGAAAAUGAAGCCAUUCGGAACUCGGCAACGCUACGCCUGGCAGACAUGACUGCGGAAGAAUUCAUAAGAAAAGAUAAGCUGGAAGAAAGCAAGCACGACAAGUUCGUAGACCUUGUGGCGGAGAUCUUUUCAGUCCGCCCUGAGGAUGUUGCUGUUUUCAGCGUGUCAGAUGUCGAUGGGAGGCAAACGGAUCUGAGAUUUGCGGUCCAGAAUGGCUCGUUCUAUUGUCGGCCAGAAAAACUGCAAGGGCAGAUGGCUGCCUUUAAAAACAAGAUCCAGCUGGCUUUAGGAGUAAAUAUUUCUCAGAUUGAUGUGGAUGAAUGCCAGAGGACCGACUGCAGCGGAAGCAGCGGCUGCACCAACUACAUCACGGUGAGCGACGUCCCUUCCGUGACAGACGCAGGGAGUGUCUCGCUGGUCUCCGUAUCCACCAGCGUCAGCGCCAUCUGCACCUGUGCAGCCAGAGAGCGGGUCCAUCGGUCGUGCAACUCUUACUCUCACAGCCCCUGUUUCAACGGAGGGACUUGCAUUGACAUGCUCAGCGGUUACAGAUGUCAAUGUUCUGCUUCAUUUCAUGGACCAGAUUGCCAGCAGACCAAGCGCAGCUUCCACGGGGAUGGCUUUGCGUGGUUCCGUCCCAUCAGGCCUUGCUUUGAGAGCUCCUUGUCCCUCGAGUUCAUCACGGAUGCUCCAGAUGGACUUUUGCUCUACAAUGGUCCCUUGUCCGACUUGGGUUUUGGGAACUCAGAAAACUUCAUUGCAAUAGAACUUUUGGGUGGCAUUCCUGUGCUGAAAGUAGACCAUGGUUUGGGCACCACAGAAUUGCGUUUGCCUGGUUAUGUGAACGUCACAGACAAAAAGUGGCAUCGGCUGGAAGUGAGGAGCGGCAGGCAGGACGUGCGGUUCAGUUUGGAUCAUUGCAGAACCGCAGUCGUGUCCGAGAUGGAAGGAGUCGGAAAAUGGCUCUCCACCGAAGACCGAACAAACUGUGAGGUGGUGGCCUUUGUUCCACAAGCAAGGAGGUACUUGAACAUGAAUCAGGUUCUUCAGUUGGGCGGAGUCAAGGAAUCGAUGCCGUAUCCAUACCCUCAGUUACAACAGAAACAUUUCAAAGGAUGCAUUCGCAAUCUUAUUUUGGACACUCAGCUGUAUGACCUUGAAUCUCCCGCAGAGUCUUUGAACAGCUUUCCUGGUUGCGCCUUGACAGACGGCAGUUGUGAGAAGAGGGGCUCCUCUCCUUGUGGCCCACACGGGAGAUGUCACGGCGAGUGGGGCUCCUUCACCUGUCACUGCUUGCCAGGUUACUAUGGCUCUAAAUGUGACAAAGUUGCUGAAGAAUACUCUUUUGGGCCAGGAAGUCACAUUCGUUACCAGCUUCCUUUCACCGCACCUCCUCGCAGAACACUCAUCGAAGCCACGAUGAGGAUGCGCGAGUCCAACGGUAUUAUCAUGAGCAUGUCUUCCCGGAGCAAGGAUGAACACAUCACCCUCCAGGUGGUCCUUGGCUUAUUAACGGUGUCUUACAACCUGGGAGACGGAGCAUUUGUCGUCAGCCUUCCUUCCUAUCAAGUGGAUAAUGGAGAAUGGCAUCAAAUUUCCCUGGAGAGGAAUGAAAAUGAGUUCAUUCUUCGCUUGGACGGAGGCGGCGGGAAGAGAGAAAUCUCGAAGGCAGCGGGAGUCUACAAGGAGAUCAUCCUCGAUCCCAACAGUUUGGUUGUGGGCAACACACACCCUGUCAAUCAGAGCCACGCUUUCCAAGGAUGCAUGAAGGAUGUCAGAUUCAAUAACUACAGGCUCCCUCUAGAUCCUUCCCUGAAGGAGCUGGUAUUGAGUGCCCGCGGAGUGAAGAAAGGCUGCCUCUCUGACGCCUGCAAAAGCAAUCCCUGCAGCCAGCAGUUUAUCUGCAUUGACCUGUGGAUGGUGCAUGAGUGCAGUUGCCCUGCAGGACACAUGUUGGUGGAGAAUGCCACCGGCCGGCACUGCAUCUACACGGCCUGUGCUCAGAGACCGUGCAACUUCGGCACAUGCGUCUCCCAGUCUGCAAGCAAGUUCCGAUGUCACUGUCCCGACGGCUACUCGGGGCGCAACUGUGAGAUCACCCUGGCCAUUUUCCACAAGGAUGCCGGCCUGAGCUUCAGCUCCAUGUUUGCCAUCUGCAUCUGCUUCCUGGCUCUUCUAGUUCUGUUCAGCGGCCUUUUCCUGUGGACUCGGUGGAAGAGCCACAAAAACAAGAAUGGGGGUGUUUACCACGCCACCACCUGCCACGAUGACUUGGAGGACAUCCGAGAGAACAUCCUCAACUACAACGAAGAAGGCGGUGGGGAGCAAGACCAGGAUGCCUACAACAUGGCGGAGCUGCAGAUGUCCCUCCAAACCAGCCCGGCCUAUUCUCUUUACAAGAAGAAAGGGAAACGGGCCGAGCGGCAGAGUCCUCUGAGCUGCGAGCUCCACGUCUCGUCUCCAAGGGAACGGCCGGAAGAAUCGCUCUCGGCGGCCAAGGGCUCCUCCUCCUCCUUCUCCAGCACGGAUUUUGGAUGUUACCUGUCGGGCGUGGUGAGAAACAUGGACCAGCAGCACCACGCUUUGCCUUGCGACUCAUUGCAGGUGUUUCACACGGAAGGAGAGUGCUCGGAAGCAAGCAGCCUGAGUUCUCUUGGGUCCUGCGGAUGGGACGAAGACGCCGUCUACGGGGACAUCAAAGAAUGGGGACCCAAGUUUGAAAAACUCAGCCAACUCUAUUCGCAUGCCGAGCCGGACGACGUUUAGUCCUUUCCAAGGCUAGAAGGACUCUUGGCAAUUUGGGGGUGGGGUGGGGUAAAUGUACUUUGGAUCAAGUUGACCCAUGCAGAAGAAUGCUGCACUCGCAGAGCUCAGGCGGUGUUGUAUUUCAGUGAGAUCUGUUAGAAGCAGAAAUGGGAAAUCUGGGUUUGGACGGAAGAAAGCUGCACUCCCAGAGCUCAGACGGUGCUGUAUCUCAGUGAGUUCUGUUAGAAGCAGAAAUGGGAAAUCUGGGUUUGGACGUGAGAAUGCUGCACUCGCAGAGCUCAGACAGUUGUAUUUCAGUGAGUUAUAUUAGAAGCAGAAAAUGGAAAUCUGGGUUUGGACGGGAGAAUGCUGCACUUGCAGAGCUCAGACGGUGUUGUAUUUCAGUGAGAUCUAUUAGAAGCAGAAAUGGGAAAUCUGGGUUUGGACGUGAGAAUGCUGCACUUGCAGAGCUCAGACGGUGCUGUAUCUCAGUGAGUUCUGUUAGAAGCAGAAAUGGGAAAUCUGGGUUUGGACGGGAGAAUGCUGCACUUGCAGAGCUCAGAUGGUGUUGUAUUUCACUGAGAUCUAUUAGAAGCAGAAAUGGGAAAUCUGGGUUUGGACGGAAGAAAGCUGCACUCGCAGAGCUCAGACAGUUGUAUUUC